AAUAUAUUUUAUAAGUUUAUUUAACACUACUUAGUAAAGUACAGUACAGUGGUACAUCCAUCUCUAUCAUACUCCUCACCUCAACGCCGAAAGCUCAGCUCGCAAUUCCACCUCCCUUUCACACUCAAACAUGGCCGAUGAAACCCUCCAAAUAUAUCCACCACCAGCCGCCACCCAGCUCCCCUCUUCCACCCCGGAGCUAACCGACUCACCACCUCCCCAAGAACCCGGUUCUGUUUCUGCACCGCCUCUCGCUUCACUGGCACUGGACCUGCAGAAACAAUCGCUCUCCCCCGCUCACUCUGAGACGCCACUCUCAGUUGAAGAAAAGCUCAAAGAAGCUGUUACUGUUAUAGAGAAAGACACCCCUUUAGAGCCACCGCCACCAGAACCACCGCUCGCCGAGGAGCAUCUCACCGUCGCCGCCACCGCCACAGAAAAAGACUCUGUUGCCACCCCAGUGUCUCAGCCACUGGCUGCUGCUUUGGCGGUGCCUCAAGAAUCUGAAUCUCCAAAAACCCAAUCGAAGCAAGUCAUAGAACCUGAAAAGGAGAAGCCAAUAGAAAAGAAGAAGGCCCCAGAAUCGUUUGCUUCUUUUAAAGAGGAAAGCAAUAAGGUCUCAGAUCUCUCACAUCUCGAACUGAAAGCAUUGGAAGAGUUCAAACAUUUAGUUCAAGAAGCUCUUAGUAAAGGCCUCUUUAGUGGGGCCUCGCCUUCAGAAGGUGCAAAUCUGCCGGAAGAAGUAUCCAUAUGGGGUGUGCCCUUGUUGAAAGACGAUAGGAGUGAUGUGAUUUUGCUUAAGUUUCUGCGAGCCCGUGAUUUUAAAGUCAAAGAUUCAUUUGCUAUGCUAAAGAGCACGAUAAAAUGGCGAAGGGAUUUUAAUGUUGAUGAGUUGUUGAAGGAAGAUUUAGGGGAUGAUCUUGAAAAGGUUGUCUUUAUGCACGGGCAGGACAAGGAGGGGCACCCGGUGUGCUACAAUGUGUAUGGGGAGUUUCAGAACAAAGAAUUGUAUGCCAAGACAUUUGGGGAUGAGGAGAAAAGAAUGAAGUUUCUGAGGUGGAGGAUUCAGUUUUUGGAGAGAAGUAUCAGGAAGCUGGAUUUUAGUCCUGGUGGGAUUAAUACUAUCUUUCAAGUUAGUGAUCUAAAAAAUUCACCAGGACCAGGGAAAAGGGAACUUCGAAUUGCUACUAAACAGGCAUUACAAAUUCUUCAGGAUAAUUACCCUGAAUUCGUCGCAAAGCAGGUGUUCAUCAAUGUUCCCUGGUGGUAUUUGGCCUUCUAUACGAUGAUCAGUCCCUUCCUGACUCAGCGGACCAAAAGCAAGUUUGUAUUCGCUGGGCCACCUAGGACUGCUGAAACCCUUUUCAAGUACAUAUCCCCAGAACAAGUACCAACUCAAUACGGUGGCCUUAGUGUAGAUUUUUGUGAAUGCAACCCAGAGUUUACUGUGGAUGAUCCAGCCACAGAGAUCACUAUUAAGCCUGCAACUAAGCAAACGGUUGAAAUUAUUGUGAAUGAGCUUUGUGAGAAUGAGAAGUGCACUCUAGUAUGGGAGCUUCGCGUAGUGGGCUGGGAAGUGAGCUACAGCGCCGAAUAUGUACCAAAUGCUGAACGUGGUUACACUGUGAUCAUACAAAAGACUAGGAAGAUGCUUCCAACUGAUGAGCCAGUUGUGUCCAGCAGUUUCAAUGUUACCGAGCUGGGUAAGAUAUUACUCACAAUUGACAAUCCCAGCGCCAAGAAGAAAAAGCUACUGUACCGGUUCAAGGUUUUGCCAUAUAAAGACUAAUGUGGCAAGUUUGUGAAGCUCUAGAGUCGGGUAAACAUGGAGAGAUUCUGCAACUUGCGUUAUGGAAUUCUCCAUACUAUUUCCGGAUCCCCCAUCUCCUGAGCUAGAGGUUUGGUCUUUCACCUUGAUUUCUUUGUCUGUUUGAUAUUUUUGUGUAUUUGGGUCUUAGUUGGUGAUAGGAUUCUUGUUACUUGUGGGUCCUAGUUGGUGAUAGGUUUCUUGUUAUGUGUGGAGGCUGGUAAAUAUGGUAAGAGGGAUGUAGUUGCACUAUCAUCGAACUCUUAUCCUUUUUAUGUUGUUGGUUUAUAUUGUAUAUUUCUGUUUUA